GCGGCUGCGUGGCGGCGGCGGCCGGGGCGCCGUCGGGUUGGGCGGCGGCGGCGGCGGCGGCGGCGGCGGCGGCGGUGGCGGUGGGGAACCCGGCCUGAGCCUCGGAGCGAGUGGCGUGACUCCGGCCGUGGUCACCAUGUCCGCGCCGUCCGAGGAGGAGGAGUACGCGCGGCUAGUGAUGGAGGCGCAGCCGGAGUGGCUGCGCGCGGAGGUGAAGCGGCUGUCGCACGAGCUGGCCGAGACCACGCGUGAGAAGAUACAGGCGGCCGAGUACGGGCUGGCAGUGCUCGAGGAGAAGCACCAACUCAAACUGCAGUUCGAGGAGCUCGAGGUGGACUACGAGGCCAUCCGCGGCGAGAUGGAGCAGCUCAAGGAGGCAUUUGGACAGGCCCACACGAACCAUAAGAAGGUGGCUGCGGACGGCGAGAGCCGGGAGGAGAGUCUGAUCCAGGAGUCAGCUUCCAAGGAGCAGUACUAUGUGCGCAAGGUGCUGGAGCUGCAGACAGAGCUGAAGCAGCUGCGCAACGUGCUUGCCAACACGCAGUCAGAGAACGAGCGCCUGGCCUCAGUGGCCCAGGAGCUGAAGGAGAUCAACCAAAAUGUAGAGAUUCAGCGUGGCCGCCUGCGGGAUGACAUCAAGGAGUACAAGUUCCGGGAGGCCCGCCUGCUGCAGGACUACUCGGAGUUGGAGGAGGAGAACAUCAGUCUGCAAAAGCAGGUGUCUGUGCUCAGGCAGAACCAGGUGGAGUUUGAGGGUCUCAAGCAUGAGAUCAAGCGUCUGGAGGAGGAGACCGAAUAUCUCAACAGCCAGCUGGAGGACGCCAUUCGGCUCAAGGAGAUCUCAGAGCGGCAGCUGGAGGAGGCGCUGGAGACGCUGAAGACAGAGCGGGAGCAGAAGAACAGUCUGCGCAAGGAGCUGUCGCACUACAUGAGCAUCAAUGACUCCCUCUACACCAGCCACCUGCACGUCUCCCUGGACGGCCUUAAGCUCGGUGAUGACGCCGAAGCCCUGGCCAAUGGCUUUGAGCACGGUGGCCUGGCCAAGCUGCCGCUGGACAACAAGACCUCCACGCCCACCAAGGACGGCCUUGCUCCACCUUCCCCCAGCCUCGUUUCUGACCUCCUCAGUGAGCUCAACAUCUCUGAGAUCCAGAAGCUUAAGCAGCAGCUAAUGCAGAUGGAGCGGGAGAAGGUGGGCCUGCUGGCAACGCUGCAGGACACACAGAAGCAGCUGGAGCAGGCCCGAGGGGCCCUGUCGGAGCAGCACGAGGAGGUGAGCCGCCUCACAGAGAACCUGAGUGCUCUGCGGCGCCUGCAGGCCAGCAAGGAGCGGCGGACAGCCCUGGACAGUGAGAAGGAGCGAGACAGCCAUGAGGAUGGUGACUACUAUGAGGUGGACAUCAAUGGGCCUGAGAUCCUGGCCUGCAAGUACCGUGUGGCCCUGGCAGAGGCUGGUGAGCUUCGGGAGCAGCUGAAGACGCUGCGCAGUGCACACGAGGCCAGCGAGGCCCAGCACACCGAGGAGAAGGGCCGGCAUGAGGCCGAAAGCCAGGCGCUCACUGAGAAGGUCUCCCUGUUGGAGAAGGCCAGCCGCCAGGACCGCGAGCUCCUGUCCCGGCUGCAGAUGGAGCUGAAGAAGGUGAGCGACGUCGCAGGCGAGACACAAGGCAGCUUGAGCGUGGCCCAGGACGAGCUGGUGACCUUCAGUGAGGAGCUGGCCAACCUCUACCACCACGUGUGCAUGUGCAACAACGAGACGCCCACCCGUGUGGUGCUGGACUACUACCGAGAGGGCCCGGCUGGCGCCGGCAGCUGCAGCCCUGAGACCCGUGGGCGUCGCUCACCUGUCCUGCCCAAGGGGCCGCCUGCCUCAGAGGGUAGGGCCAGGGACAGCAGCCCCUCACCUGGCUCCUCACUGCCCUCGCCCCUGAGUGACCCACGCCGGGAGCCCAUGAACAUCUACAACCUGAUCGCCAUCAUCCGUGACCAGAUCAGGCACCUGCAGGCAGCCGUGGACCGCACCACAGAGCUGUCGCGGCAGCGCCUGGCCUCACAGGAGCUGGGCCCAGCUGCAGACAAGGACCGGGAGGCACUCAUGGAGGAGAUCCUGAAGCUGAAGUCGCUGCUCAGCACCAAGCGGGAGCAGAUCACCACGCUGCGCACGGUGCUCAAGGCCAACAAGCAGACAGCAGAGGUGGCCCUCGCCAACCUAAAGAGCAAGUACGAGAACGAGAAGGCCAUGGUGACCGAGACCAUGAUGAAGCUGCGCAACGAGCUCAAGGCCCUCAAGGAGGACGCGGCCACCUUCUCCUCACUGCGUGCCAUGUUCGCCACCAGGUGUGACGAGUACAUCACACAGUUGGAUGAGAUGCAGCGGCAGCUGGCAGCUGCUGAGGACGAGAAGAAGACGCUCAACUCGCUGCUGCGCAUGGCCAUCCAGCAGAAGCUGGCGCUGACCCAGCGGCUGGAGUUGCUUGAGCUGGACCAUGAGCAGACCCGGCGAAGCCGCGCCAAGGCCACCCCCAAGGCCAAGCCUGGUACCCCGAGCGUAAGUCACACCUGCGCCUGCGCUAGUGACAGGGCUGAGGGUGCUGGGCUUGCUGCCCAGGUGCUCUGUGGCGAGAAAUAUAAUGUUUACUGCGAUUAGUGCCGCAAGGGUACACGCUGCAGCUAACCUGCCGCAUAUCACCUGUCCGCUUCACCUCAACUAACCUGGCAGCAGCGGGACCAUGGUGCUAGGCUGGUCUUAACUGUGACUAAUGCACAGAGGGAAGAAGUUAGCAGAGGCAGCCUGCUUCUCCACCUGGACACUGCAAGCUUUGUGUCUGUUUCUCCCCCCUCGGGACCACCCUUCACAGCAGCUGCUCUCUUGGAGGGGUGGUCAAGGUGGGGUUGGAGCCACGUGUCCUCACAAAAAUGUGGCUUCCCAGGGCCCGCGUGCCAUUGGCUCUCACUGGGAGGGGCAGAACUUGCAUUGAAACUUGCAUGUUCCCUGCAUGUGUCUAAUGCAGUUGUACUGCCCCGGCACCCAGAAACCAGUGUUAGAGGUUCCAGCCUGAAUCCCAGGUGCGGCCUCGGAGGACACUCUGUGCUUGGUACAGACUACGGAGACAAUUAUUUUGUAGUUUGUGCGGCAUCUCGUUACAGUUUAUAUUUGGGACAGAAUUACAGAAUUCCUUCCCCUAAACCCAGAGGAAGAGCAGCCCUGUGUCCCAUGUCCUCCAGCCCAGGCGUACACGUGCUCAAGAGGCCCAGGCAUACCUAACCACACCCCAGACCAGAGCUCAGCAGCCUCAGCUUCUCUUUCUGAGAUUUGUACGCUUGUCCGGUGGCCUGCAAGGUGACAAAUCGGCAGGCCAAAGGCUUGGGUUUUUUCUAAUGAGAAAAGCUUCCCAAGUGCCUGGCCAGACCUCUGUCCUCACAGGAAGCCCAUCCUUUUGUACUUAGUGUCCCCAGCUUCCAGUUGGAUUUUUUCACUCUCUGCCCAUUAUCAGGCCUUCCUCUCAGGGGGCUUCAGACUGCAAGAAACAGGGCUGUGGAAACCCCCAACCUGAGCUUGAGUUACCAGCGGGCCAGGCUGAAAUGAGGGACUGGGUUCCACACCUAUUAACUGAAGCCCAGCCUGGUGUGGGAAAGGAACCUUGAAUGGACCCAGGGCUAGUUUCAGGAUUCACAGUAGGAGGAAUAUGGUUCUUGAUCAUCAGUGCAAUUCCAGAGGUGGUGACAGGCAGGAAAGGCAGCCAUAGUACUCCCCCAUGCUCAGAAGCUGCACCCACACCAAGAGCUUUGGCAGCCGAACUUCUCUCAGUGUUUCUCUCCAUGUCAUCCUUGGGGCCCACCAGCCAUGAAGGUGCAGUCUUCCUGAAUAGCUCUUUGCCUCCUCUCUCUGGGGCCCAGAGGGGGAAUUUUCAUUGUCCCUGCACACUGGUAUCUGCCCUCAUUCCACUCUUUCCCUUAAUUCCCAAGCAUGUCUCAGUUCCCACCAGAUGCCAGGUGCUACCCAGACCAACUUGGAUUUGGCAAACUGCGGAGUGAAGAUACACAGGAUGGACCAUACCUGUCCCUUCUGUGUGCCUAUACCCAGCUCCAGGCUGUUUUGCAGAUGGGAUGUCAGAUCUUGGAUUCCCCUCCCACUUGAGAAGAUGUCAGGCCAUCUCCCCUCUGCAAGCAGGACUUCCAGGGGCAUGGCUGCCUGCUGGUGCCGCCUACUGCUUCUGCCUCCUUGCCAAGCCUGGCACACAGCUUCUCUCCAUACUUGUAAAGUAAAGGGUCUUCAUGAGGUACUCGGGGCCAGCGGCGCCCCCUAACACAUGCAGGUCUUCUCUGCUGCCAACUAACACACCCAUGCCCUCACAGCUCGGUGAGAGCUUUAGUUGUCUGACGGGUGACCGGUUCUAACGUUGUCUUGUUUUCUCCCAUUUUCAGCUGUAGAGUAGCUGCUGGGAGGACUCGGCCGCCGGCCCUGUCACACUGCAGCCCCCUCCCCUCCUCUCCCAUGGGCCCACGCAGAGGAAGGAAGGGCAGCCUAAAAGUCCACUUAGAAACGUUUUUGGAUAUGCUACUGCAAUUCUUUUCAAAAUAGCAUUCCCCAAGUUUUUAAUGGCAGAGGAAAUAAAAGCUUUAAUGUUGAGAAUGCCGGCAGCUGCUGCUUGGAAAGGCCUUUGUACAGGCACUGAAGAACCUGCUUGGACAGCGACCACCAGGCUUGCUUAGGAACCCUCUAGAAACACUCACCACUGGGGUCUCCCUAUUACAGAUACUCCUUUUUUACCCAAUCCACCUGUGCACUUUUGAUAUUAUAUUUGCUUCCUUCAUCCCUGGCGUAGAGAUGGUCUCAGAUGCCGUAGUCUGUCUCGUGGUCCUGUAGCUCCCAACGGUGUGUUGAUCUGUUAUCAGCACAUGGCACAGGUGUGUCCUCCUAGCGUGUAGCUCUAGACUGUUUAGGUGAAGGCUUCAACUUGGUAAGGAGCCCGGCUAAAUGUAUCCAUGCUGUGGUUCAGCAGCCUUUUAAUUAUACGGCAUUGUGGUUCGUGUUUGAAAUUACAGAUUUUAAAUGCCAUGUUCAUUAAGAAAUCCAGGGUAUUCGGAUUCUGGGGUUUUUCAUAUUGUAUUAUUAUUAUUCUUAGGAAUAGUUCAAUGUAACAAGAAGAAAACUUGACCUUUGCUCUGGUUAAACAGUAAAAGGCACUUGAAAACAAAAAGAUAAAUUAUUGAAUGAGUAGUAUUACCUACAAAUUCCAGAAUUUUCUGGGUUUUAGGACAUUGUGAAGCAUGACUGAUUAACAGAAUUUUAUACAACUGUACCAGUGAAAUUCCAAAUUGGAAUUGUUUUGUUACUCCGGUUGUUGUGCCAAAUUGUGGUACACUUAGAAAAUUCUACAGUCGUCGAUUUUUAGGGUGUUAUAUUUCAACGCCUUUUUGUUAGUAAUCAUUGCCAGUAGUGCCUUCAUCAGUUUAGGGAGGUGUUCCAGCGUAGUUUAUUCUCUAAAAUGGACAGUGAAGAGCUAGUUGGGAAUGUUGAAGGCCAGUGUGGACCAAUCAGUGUGAACAGGUGCACACCUUCUAACCUGACCCUGGGCAUCUUCAUUGAGGGAAAGAAAACAGCAAUUGUGCAAAAUUCUGUUAGUCAGUGAUUCUUUACUGUGCAGAUCCUUGCAAAUUCAGGGGCUGAGAAAACGAAAGUGAACACAAACCUUGAGUGUGCUUUGGGAACCAAAUGGACUUUAUGGGACAAGCUAAGCAAGCUAUGUGAACAACACGCCACGUUUGUGAAGAGUGGGGCGGGUGGCAGGGGAGCCGGCACCGUCGGCCUCGUGCAUUGGGGUGAGGGCUAGCCAUAGUAUUCUUUGCAAAUGUGAGAGAGAGACAUUAUAUAUUCUCUUGCUUGGUGUAACUAAUCACUGUUAAUUUCAGGAAACAGAAGUCACUAAAGCUCCUUAGCAAACCAGAUCUGUGUCCUGUUCUGAUUUGCUGAGUGAGGUUGUGCAAGUGGUCAAAUUGGUACUCAAGGAGGAGGAAGAAAAAGUGUCCUCUCUCCUCCAAAAUACAGGACAAAUUAUAAUAAUAUAAGUAGCAAGAAUAGAAGAAUUCUGUUUCCUGGAAUAAGCAUUUUUAUUCCUAGUUGUAGGGACCCCUAUUUUUACCUUCUCUUACAGUGUUGAUUCAUAAGAAAUAAUGUUACAUUUACAAAAACUUCAUCUGUACGGGGUAUUUAUUUGCAAUGAUGUCUGUGUACUGUAUUUUUUCUGUGCAUUACCUUAGUGUCAGAAUGUCUUUAUUUUAAGAUCAUAUGCAUGUUCUCCUGCCAAGGAACCUUUACACAGACCCAAACAAACAAAAAUGCCUUCAGAUUCUGAGAAAAUGAGGCACUGCAUGGAAAAGGAAUAGGAAGGAGAAAUCAGUCACAACUUGGGACACAGACAUAUGGUGCAAAUGUCUGUAAAGCCAGUGCACAUAGGAACAGUGGGCCUGGGUAAAGGGUCACGUUGGUAGGACCAGUAAAUAAAGAAUAAUAAAAAGACAAAGCACAAAA